CAUCCAAGGCAACUCGAUAUGCGGUAAAGAAUAUGUCCUUCCGCCCCCCAAUAUUCGUUAUUCGAACUGCGGAGUGUUGAAGGGUGUUGCCUAGCAGUAUUACUAAGCAACCCUUUGCGUACGAAAUUAAACUUUUUACUGAUUUUCUUAUUAGACUUCAACACCAUCGUAUAAUGGAGAGUCGGCAAUGAGCGAUGCAAGCGAAGAUAUCAGUUUGGAUGCCAGCAGCGAUGACUACUAUGGUGCACCCAGAAACGGCACGAAACGUAAUCAACGAAGAAGAACUAGAUCUACAACAGCAACUACUACUGCAAUUACACAUAACCAACUACAUAAUCAAUGGGCCGGUUUUGACGAAGAAAGCGGAAGUGCUAAUGUUUCAGAAGACAGCUCAGACAGUGAGACGUAUGGUCGUCCACGACGGAAAAGUGGUAAAAAACGAAGAUCCAACAAAGUGUCACGAACGGCCUCAAGUGAUGCGUUACGAUAUUCAACGCGAAAGCGAACAGUCACCAACUACAAUGAAGACAAAGCGGAUUUAUGGGGGUUAUCAGAAGAAGACGAUGCGUUUGCCGCGAAUAGUUCAUAUACCCCGCAGCCUGAAGAAGAAGAAGGCGAUGUCAUUGAAAGCGUACACGAUCACCGACGACGCGAACAAUUUGCUGAUGAACCUGAAGACGUACCUGAACAAAACAUGGAGUUCCUGAUCAAGUGGAAGUCCUGGUCUCAUUUGCACGACACUUGGGAUACGUACGAGUACCUCAGAUCCUUCAAGGGAUUCAGAAAACUUGAAAACUACAUCAAAACUGCUGUGUACGAAGAAAUGGAAUUCCGACGCCAUCCGGAGACGACGCAAGAAGAACUUGAACAGCAGGACAUCAACACUGAGCGACGCCGUGAAGACAUUCAACACUGGCGCACCGUCGACCGCAUCAUUGCCAUGAAAGGAACACCGCCUGAUUGCGAGUAUCUUGUAAAAUGGAAACGGCUGCACUAUGACGACUGCACCUGGGAAACAUCCGAGCUCAUAUCCGAUAACCACCAAGCCGAAAUUGACAGCUUCCUCGACCGAGAACAAAGCCAGAAUAUUCCUGGCCGCUCCGCUGCAUACAUCAAGUCACGACCGACGUUCUCCAUCUUGCGCGAACAACCCAGCUUUAUUCAGGGAGGCACCUUGCGCGACUAUCAGCUGCACGGCGCGAGUUGGAUGUAUUGGCUUUGGUGCAAUAACAAGAACGGCAUUCUGGCAGACGAAAUGGGUCUCGGCAAAACUGUGCAGACGAUCAGUUUUUUGAGCACUUUGUUCCACAAGCACUCUGUGUACGGCCCAUUCUUGGUCGUUGUACCACUGUCGACGUCGGACAACUGGAUGUCUGAAAUCAAGCAGUGGGCUCCGGAUAUGAAUGCCAUCUGCUAUGUCGGUAACCGUAAGGCUCGUCAAGUGAUGCGUGAGCAAGAGUUUUAUCUGAGCGGUACCAAGAAACUCAAGUUCAACGUGCUCGUCACAACCUAUGAAAUCGUUUUAAAAGACCGUGUCGAAUUGGGAUCUUUAAAAUGGCAGUAUCUUGCUGUCGACGAAGCCCAUCGUCUCAAGAAUUCAGAAAGUCAGCUGUAUGAGGCUCUUCAAAGCUUCCACACCGUCAACCGCUUACUUGUCACGGGCACGCCGCUCCAGAACAGUGUCAAGGAACUACUGGCGUUGGUUGGAUUUUUGAUGCCGGAAAUGGACCUCAGUGAACUGAACGUCGAUUUGGAUAAGGACGACGAUCAUCAACAGGAAAAAAUCAAGAAGCUGCACGAAAGCCUGAAAAGCAUCAUGUUGCGGCGAUUGAAGAAGGAUGUCGAAAAAUCUUUGCCGAACAAGUCCGAGCGCAUUCUCCGCGUCGAAAUGAGCGACAUGCAGCGCGAUCUGUAUAAGAAUAUUCUGACCAAGAACUUUGAAGUGCUCAAUCGCGGCUCUGAGAAGAUCAAAAAGCAGUGGCUUAAUAUUGCCAUUGAGUUGAAAAAAGCGAGUAACCAUCCGUUCCUUUUUCAGGACACCGAGCUUGUGCGGACUAGUCGGAUCGAACAACUGCGCGGCCUUGUCGAAAACAGUGGCAAAAUGGUAUUGUUGGACAAACUCUUGACGCGACUCAAGUCGGAUGGUCAUCGUGUUUUGAUCUUUUCGCAGCUGGUGAUGAUGCUAGACAUUCUGUCCGAAUACAUGUCCUUACGUGGCCAUCCAUUCCAGCGUUUGGACGGACGGAUGCGAACAGAAGAACGUACCAAGGCAAUCGAGCACUACAAUGCACCUGACAGUCCUGAUUUUGUCUUUUUGCUCUCGACGCGUGCAGGUGGUAUGGGUAUCAACCUGGUGACUGCCGACACGGUGAUUAUUUUUGACUCGGAUUGGAAUCCGCAAAACGAUUUACAGGCCAUGUCGCGAGCACAUCGUAUUGGCCAAACAAAAUCGGUCAAUGUGUAUCGCUUCGUGACCAAGGGAACCAUGGAGGAGAACAUCAUUGAACGUGCCAAGCGCAAGAUGGUAUUGGAAUACUGUAUUAUCAAGCAGAUGGAUACCUCGGGUCUGUCGCUGCUACCGGACAAUGCUUUGACAACGUCAUCGGGCAAGAUCCGCCAGCUUCCGUUUAACAAGGACGAAAUGUCGGCCAUUUUGAAGUUUGGCGCGCAAAACAUGUUUCAGUCUAAUGAGAACACGGAAAAGCUCAAUGAUAUGGAUCUGGACGAUAUUUUGGCACGUGCUGAGCAUACCGAGACACUGGAAGAUGAAGACAGUGCGCUUGGCAGCGAGGACUUUUUGGCGCAGUUCAAAAUUUCCGACUAUGGCGGCACAGCAAACGAUUUGAGUUGGGGCGAGAUUAUACCAGAUGGUGAGCGCCGUGCCAACGAGGAACAAAAGAUCAUCGAGCACGAGCUAUCGCUGUUUGAUCGUGCAGCGAAGAAGAAUCGACGGACAUAUCGCGAGAAUGCUAUCGACGACUUUUCAGACGAAGAAACUGAAAAGUCAACACGCAAACGACGGCGUAAGGCUGGCGCGUCCACCAGUAGUAGCAGCAAAAAGAACAGCAAUGGCAACAAGUCGGACGAUAUCAGCGAAAAGGAUCUUCGAGCACUUAUUCGCUGUUUACUGAAAUGGGGCGACGUCGAAAAGCGGUACGACGAAGCUGUGCGUGACACAGACCUGGAACACAAGGAUAAAACGGUGAUUCUUAAUAUGUGUGAGGAUCUGGUCAGUGCGUGCAAGGACAAAAUUACCGAGCAGCUGCAGGCAGCUUCAGUUUCCUCCUCGUCGACUUCAUCCAAGACGCCAAUAGACGAAGAAACCAUGCUUCGCGAAGUGCGACACACAAAGCAAAAGGCAAUUCUUUUCACCUGGCGCGGAAUCCAAAGCGUCAAUGCGGGCCAGGUCCUCCAACGACAUCAUGAUAUGAAGGUGCUUCGGCAGCGGAUGCAUGCCAUGAGUAACACACUCAAAUUCCGAAUGUCCCUGGGUGCGAAGCGCGUGCAAGGCUGGUCCUGUCCAUGGGGUCAAAAGGAAGAUGCGAUGCUACUGGUGGGUGUUGAUCGACAUGGAUUUGGCAGCUGGACCCAGAUCCAGGCUGACCUCGACCUAGGUUUACAAGACAAGUUUUUCCUGAAUCACAAUGGUGACGACGACGAGAGCAAUGUAAAAGCUGCCAAGGACAAGGACGAUAAGCGGACCCCCAAGGCAAUUCAUCUGGUACGACGUACUGAGCAACUACUCAAGGUGCUUGCAGAAGAUGAAAAGACGCGGCAAACGAAGCCUCAAAAGCAAUCGACUCUCAAAUUUAGUAAAAAGGAGGGCAGUGUGGCGGCGGCGCGACAUCAUCCACAGUCAGAUGACCAUCACCACCACAAACGAUCAUCACCCCAACAGCAAGCACGGGGAUCGCCUGGCACGCCAUCAGCACGCGAGCGUAAGGGCAAAACCACGGGCAGUAGAUCAUCACCAGCUGCCGGCGCUGCAGCAGCAGCAGCAGCUGGUUCUGGCACACCGUCCUCAGCCAAGAAAACUGAAAAGGAGAACAAGGAACCGGAUUUGGAAGAAAUGUACGCCAGUUACGAUGAAGACGAAGCCAAGCGUGCAUUGGAGCCUGUUCGAUCUGUAUUAGUUCGCUUAAGGGACGAGACGAACAAGUUGGAAAAGGACAAGGUUGCAGCGUUCAUCAAGGAAUGUGUUGGCAAAAUUGGCAAAUGUAUCGAUAAAAACAUGGAUCGGUUAUCAAGCAAUCGCAGUCGACAGGACCGACAUCGCUACCAUCGCGAUAUGUGGCUCUAUGUCAAGCGCUUCUGGCCCAGCAAGCGUCCAAAAUACAAGGAUCUAGUCAAUAUCUGGAACCGCCUAAAGAGCAAUCCGCCUCCAUCCUCCCAGCAAACGCCAACAUCUUCUGGUUCGAAAGCAAUUACAGCAACCGAAGAAGGUCGCUCCUCAACCACUUCCUCAUCCACUCAUCUUCACAACGGCAGUAGUCAUCACCAUCAUACCCCUCCAUCGUCCUCAUCGCAUCGACGGCAUCAUCACCAUCGCUCACAUCAGCAUUCACGUGAUUACGGAGACCGUCGUGACGAACGGCGCGAUCGUCGCUACUAGUUCUUCUAUUCUUCUUCCCUCUAUUUGCACACACACACACACACACACAUGCACACACAUACAUAAAUACACGCUCUUCUUUUAAU